AAAGCCCAAAAGGCCGUAAAGGGUCAUUCACAGAUCAGACCCACUCACUCACUCCCACCCAUACUCGCACUCUCGAGUCUCUCACUCAGUCUUUUCUUCGCGACUCCAAUUUGAUUGAUCAAUUCGGAUCUUCAUUUGAAGGAGGAUCUAGGCUGAGAAUUUUAAGCUUGAAAAAUGGAUUCAUCGGCAUUGCUAUAUAAUAAGCUCAAGUCAGCGGAACCAUUUUUUGUACUUGCGGGUCCAAAUGUGAUUGAAUCAGAGGAGCAUGUAUUACGCAUGGCUAGUCACAUAAAGACUAUCACUUCAAAACUUGGCCUGCCACUGGUUUUCAAGUCCAGUUUUGACAAAGCUAAUAGAACAUCAUCUAAGUCUUUUCGUGGCCCUGGAUUAGCUGAAGGUCUGAAGAUUCUUGAGAAGGUGAAAGUGGCUUAUGACCUACCCAUAGUGACUGAUGUACAUGAAGCUGGUCAGGAUUUGUGCUCUAUGCUGUUUCUUCUUCGCAACAAUAGUCCCUCUUUUCACACGUGUGAUGCAGUUGGUAGAGUAGCUGAUGUGAUUCAGAUUCCUGCAUUUCUAUGCAGACAGACAGACCUACUAGUCGCAGCUGCACAGACCGGAAAGAUUAUUAAUAUUAAGAAAGGUCAAUUUUGUGCGCCUUCUGUCAUGACAAAUUCUGCUGAAAAAGUUAGGCUAGCAGGAAAUCAGAAUGUCAUGGUUUGUGAAAGAGGAACCAUGUUUGGCUAUAGUGAUUUGAUUGUUGAUCCUCGAAACUUGGAAUGGAUGAGGGAAGCUGAUUGUCCAAUCGUAGCUGAUAUUACACAUUCAUUACAGCAACCUGCUGGGAAGAAGCUAGAAGGUGGGGGUGUUGCUAGUGGAGGUCUUCGUGAUUUGAUACCUUGCAUUGCAAGGACAGCUGUUGCUGUUGGAGUGGAUGGAAUCUUUAUGGAGGUUCAUGAUGAUCCUCUGAGUGCUCCUGUGGAUGGCCCCACGCAGUGGCCUUUGCGCCAUUUAGAGGAACUGCUAGAAGAACUUGUGGCAAUUGCUAGGGUUACCAAGGGAAAAAAACAGUUCAGGAUUGAUCUCACACCAUUCCGUGAUUAGGCAGAAGUCGAGGCAUCACAAUAACGCAGGUGAGCGGUUACUUUACAGAAAUGAUCCAGCUUCUACCCGCAGUUGUGGUCAUGUAUUGGAUCUAGUAAUAUGUUCUGUUGUUCGAAAUUGGCAUAUACAUGUGUUUCAUUGUAAUGUAAUGUAAUCCGAGUUUAAUUGACUGAUACAAUUCAAGAUUAUGAUAACUUCUCCCUGCAAGGGGGUGGUUUAUGCAAUGCUGUACUAAACAUAAUUUUAUAAGAAAAUAAGCACACAAUUAUGUUCAAUGUAAUAAACUAUCAGCAGUAUUGAAAAUUUGUAAUGCAUCUGUCCCUUAGUUAAGGUUUGGGCCGUC